UAAAGAACCGGGGAAGUCCGGAAAAGGAAACAAGAUCGUAGAUCACUUAGGGCAUAUAAAGAGCUUCCUGAGGCACAGCCUCUCAGUACGAUUUUGCUUUUGGCCUUAGUUCUACACCACCGGGGUUUGAUCAUCUGAAAUUUACUUGGCAACAAAACGAUGUUCAUGAUGCAAUGGAAAAUUGCCUUAGCAGUGACAAUGGCAUUAAUCUUGAAUUUCGAGAAGGUUUCUGCUUUCCCAAAAUCUCAGAUUCUAUGGUUUGACGUCGGACCACAAAUUCGUAACUGCCGAGAUGUACAAAGACAAGGCAACACCACUAGUGGAAUCUACAUGAUUUUCCCAUACAAAUGUUGUCCUGAUGUCCCUCUUCAGGUCUUCUGUGACAUGGAGACAGAUGGUGGUGGAUGGACUGUUAUUCAACGUCGGGAUGACAUUGAACCAAGAGAAGACUUCUAUCGUACCUGGAUGGAAUAUGCCCUUGGCUUUGGUAACCUGAAGGGAGAAUUCUGGUUAGGAAAUGACAACAUCCACGCCUUAACGGAUCAGACACUGAAUGAAAUAAGAUUCGAUUUAGCUGACUUUAAGGACAAUACACGAUGGGCCAAUUACAAGUUUUUCUAUGUCCACGACCGAAGUUCAUCUUAUAAACUGGAGGUUGUGGAAUAUAGUGGAGAUGCCGGGGAUUCCUUUACAACCCACAGUGGGAUGAAGUUUUCGACCAAAGACAACGAUAACGAUAUGCGUCCUUCAUAUAGCUGUUCAGUUACGUACAAAGGGGCCUGGUGGUACAAGGCAUGUCAUGGAUCAAACCUUAAUGGGAAGUAUCUCUCUGGAAACCACACAUCCUUUGCCGAUGGGGUAAACUGGCAGGCAUGGCUCGGUCAUUAUUACUCUCUUAAGAAGACAGAGAUGAAAAUUAGACCUGUUAAUUAAGAUUUGAAUUUUUCGUCUCGAAAUAUUCAUCUCAUGGACAGGUAGCAGAAUCUACUACCUUUAAUAUUCACUUGCUUCUAAUUCGUGUGUGCUAAAGAACAGUAAUAUUGUGUAUGAAGAUAGUAGACAUUAAUUAACAAAAGGUAUUCCUUUCGCUUUACUAACAAUACAGGAUAAAUAGGUUCUAGCAGAUAGUUACGCUUACAGAAUAAUAGCAAACGUUUCUGUUAGAAUACUAGACAAAAAAUAAAACUAUCCAUCCUUUUCCAAAACCAUGUGAAAGUUUACUUUUUUCAAAUGACACGGACAAAUCGUAUUAAUACUGAUAAUAGUAAUGCUUAUUGUGUAAAUAAUAUCAUGACAUAAAAACAAUAUUUUAAUAAAGGGAAGAGAAAUUA